AUGCCUUUGGCAACAUGCGUUCACUUAGAGUUCUUGAUCUUUCUGGGAAGUCUCUCCUAGGCAACCGUCCACAUUCGUUUGAGAAAAUGAGUUCUCUUACGGGCUAUUUACCACCAACCCUGCCAUCAAAGCUGAAAUACUUGGAUAUUUCUGAUAAUCAAAUGGAAGGUCCUUUAGCAAGAAGCAUCACACAACUUAAGCAAUUAGUUGUCCUCAAUGUUGCUCGGAACUCUUUCAAUGACUCGAUUACAGAACAUUUCUUGAAUUUCAGUGACUUGAGAGUGUUAGACUUGUCAUCCAACUCAUUUAUUUUCAAUGUAAGCGCAACUUGGAUGCCUCGUUUUCAACUUGACUCUCUAAGCCUGCAGUCUUGCGGACUUGGUGCACAGUUUCCCCAGUGGAUUCAGACACAAAAAGAGUUGUCAUUCAUUGAUAUCUCUAGCACCAAUAUCUCAGGUGAAGUGCCUGAUUGGUUUUGGAAUUUUUCUGCCAAGGUUUAUUACAUAGACCUUUCAGGAAACAAUUUCAGUGGAGAAAUCCCUGAAUUUUCAGAAAGAGUUUGUCUUACAAAAUUGGACCUGAGUGAUAACAAUUUUCAUGGUCCUUUGCCUCAUUUUUCACCCAAGAUGAUGACGUUGAUUUUGGCAAGGAAUUCGUUUAAUGGUACCAUUGCUCCUGUAUGUGAAUCACUUGUCAUGAAUAACUCUCUGAGUCUUCUAGACCUAUCUUCAAAUUUUCUAUCAGGACAACUUUCAGAUUGUUGGAGAUAUGGGAAGAAUCUGCAAGGAUUGAAUUUAGGCAAUAAUGAUCUAUCAGGGGAGAUACCUCGUUCCAUCGGAGAUCUUACUAAGCUCUACUUUUUGCAAUUGCAGAACAACAGUUUCUCCAAAAAUCUUCCUUCAUCAUUGAAGAACAUAACUGGACUAAAAAUUCUUGAUGUUUCUGAAAAUAGUUUAUCUGGGAAUAUACCAUUUUGGUUAGGGGAGAAUUUACAUGCUCUUGAGAUUCUUAUAUUAAGCAGAAACAACUAUGACGGAAUUAUUCCCAGGGAGAUUUGCCAGCUUAAAUACCUAUGUAUUUUGGACCUUAGUUCCAACGCACUAUCAGGAGUCAUUCCAAGGUGUCUUGAUAAUCUCCACACCAUGUCCGGAGAAGAGGAAGCCCCAUCCUUUACUAAUGGACCCUAUGCAAAUUACAGGAUUCAUGGAAUGCUAUUUCUUAGGGGAUUCUUUCUGGAGUUACCUUUUAGCUUGCCCUGGAUAGUAAUUGAUCUAGCAAAGAACCAUUUAUCAGGGGAAAUUCCUGUGGAAAUCACCAGGCUUACUGCACUGAGGGGCUUGAAUUUAUCAAGUAACAAUUUCAGAGGAGCAAUUCCACGUGACAUUCACAACUUGCAAAUUUUGGAGUCUCUAGAUCUUUCCAGGAAUCAGCUGUCAUGCUCCUUUCCUCCCCGUAUGGAAGAACUUUCGUUUCUUGAGGUCGCGAAUUUUUCUUUCAAUGAUUUGACAGGAGAAAUUCCAGUUGGAGCUCAAUUCAUCAUCUUUGAGAAUGAUUCUUAUAUUGGGAAUGCAAACUUGUGUGGAUUCCCACUCUCACGACUCUGCUCGGAUCAUUUACAUGAGGACAUGGUUCACUGUAGUAACAAUAAGCAGGAGGUUCAGGCCAUUGAACACGAAGAAAACAACAACUGGCUCGAUGAAUUUUCGUUCUACAUUAGUAUGGGAAUUGGAUUCUAUACAGGUUUCUGGUUAUUUUGGGUUACUUUAAUGUUGAAAGAGUCAUGGAGAUAUGCCUAUAUGAGGUUCCUGGAAAACAUGGGCAAUAAGAUUUAUGUCUUUGCUGCCAUCAGAUUGAAAAAUAUUCAAGCAGCAAAGGGGCUGAGAAAUUGCCCAAAUUAAGCUGCUUCUCUUUACUGUUCUCUGUCUCUUUUUUUUUUCCUUUCUGUCUCUUCUUAUAUUUUGGUUUUGUAUCAUCUUUUUAGUUGCAACUUGUUUUGUAUCUUAUUUUAAAUAUAUAUAAUAUAAUGUUUGGUUUUUAUGUU